AUGUCUUUGGGAGCUUGCGUAUCCAGGACGCCGGCACAGACCCGCUUGGUCGAGGUUGUCUCUGGUUACGUUCAGCAUCUUAUGGAUGUGCAAGCAUCUAGGUGUGCUGAAACCUCCCUUGACGGACAUGUGGUCCCCCCGCCGGACGCCAAAUACCCUUCUCACGACUUCUUUUGCGCGACUCACGUUCCGGGGAUUUCGGUGAAGAAGUACACAGAUCGCCUUGUGACGUACAUGCACUGCUCCCCCGAAGCAUUUGUUUUUGCCGUCGCCUACCUGCGGCGGCUGGUGCUGAACGGAUUCCCGGUGCACAUGCGGUCUAUCCAUCGUCUGCUGCUAACCGCCGUCUUGGUGGCCCUCAAGUGUAGAGACGACGUUUACUACCACAUGAGCUUCUAUGCUGAGGUUGGUGGCGUUACCUCAAAGGACUUGUGCAUAAUGGAGAUUCGGUUCCUCUCCGACCUUAUCCUCUUUGAAGGCGAAGUAUCUCUUGAAAAUUACCAUACCGUUAUGGUGGACAUCAUGCGCGUGACGGAACGGUGCAUGAUAACGAAUAGAGGCAACAAGACGGAGUUGUGUAGCCGAUGCGGCGUGUCUGCAGGCGCCUUCACCGCCUCGACCCCAGGUGAUCUUGGCUGCUUACACUGCAAGGGUGACGCGUUCGCACACACUUGGACUAGCGAGUGCGAACUGUUUUGGGGGCCGCUAAACUCUGCUUUCUCACUUCCCGCCGGAGACGUCUGA